UAAAUGGUAUCGCCCGUAGGCUCAGAGGCAGCCAAGUAUUUGUCAAACUAGUAGCUACUAGCUAACGUUGGCUGGCCAGCUAGUAUUAGGGAAAAUACCACAUUUACAUUUUUUUUUUAUUUCAGCAAGAGCCGCUGAAGUGUUUGUUGGAUAGUUCGCUUUCGGUGUUAAGAGGAUGUCAACUCCAGCAAGACGACGUUUAAUGAGAGACUUUAAACGGCUGCAAGAAGAUCCUCCAGCUGGAGUUAGUGGUGCUCCAUCAGAAAACAAUAUCAUGGUGUGGAACGCCGUAAUUUUUGGACCAGAGGGUACACCUUUUGAAGAUGGAACCUUCAAACUUACCAUAGAAUUCACAGAAGAAUAUCCAAAUAAACCACCAACAGUGCGAUUUGCCUCCAAAAUGUUUCAUCCUAAUGUGUAUGCAGAUGGUAGCAUAUGCUUAGAUAUACUUCAGAAUCGUUGGAGUCCAACUUAUGAUGUGUCUUCAAUCCUAACUUCAAUACAGUCUUUACUGGAUGAGCCAAACCCAAACAGUCCAGCCAACAGCCAAGCAGCCCAGCUCUACCAGGAAAACAAACGGGAGUACGAGAAGAGGGUUUCUGCUAUUGUUGAACAGAGUUGGCGUGACUGUUGACCUUUGUUUCUGUUAAGAGUAUGAACAAGUGUCCAGCCCUGAAUCAAGAAAACAACACACCAUAAACCCCUUCAGUAUGUCUUCUACUGUUUGUAUGCUGUAGUGCUGUGGCAUUCACUCCUGCUGAAUGCUGUGUGACAAGAGCAGUGGUUUGUCAGAAGCUCAUGUACCUUGUUAUAUCUGGGUUACUUGCUAUGUGCACUAAAUCUUUACUUAGUGUGAUGGGCUGCACCUUUUACCUGUUUAACUCAAGUAUACUGGUUGGUGGUCAACUGUGUGGUUUGCUGUGUAGAUGCUGCCAGUUUAUAUAUAUAAAAACCUAAGCUAUGGGGUUUUCUUUAUUUCAGUGGACUUCACCCCCAAACAUUCAACAGAUGCCUUUUGGGGGUGUAUGUUUUCCACUCUGCUUCUCUUGCCUUUUGAAUAAAAAACAUUAAACUUGUCAACACAAACAAUAUUUAGCAUCCAGACUAGACACCUAACUUGAUUUCAGUGUAACAAAUGCUAACAUUUAACCCAUUUAGACAUGCAGCAAGAUUAUCUAAAUAUUUUUAAUGGUGGAAUUGUUUUAAUGGGUUAACUGUGAAAACAUUUCUAUUUUACUAUCUUAUAACAGUGUCUUUCAGAUUUUAAAACCUUGCACUGGUAACCCAUGUAACGAACUGUACAUUCUCUUGUAAAUAAAGUAAAUAUACAUCA